UGCGGCUUCCCCGGCCGGUAGCGCCGCUUUUGGUCGCGUGAACUGGUCUAGUGGGACGGUAGGUCGCGAGCUCUUGCCGCGGGCUGCAGCUCAAGCUCAACUAUUCCCGCUGUGGUCGUCAGCCCGGAGCCUCCGCCAUGGACUUCGAGGACGAUUAUACACACUCUGCUUGCAGGAAUACUUAUCAGGGCUUUAAUGGAAUGGAUCGCGAUUAUGGCCCUGGAUCUUAUGGAGGGAUGGAUCGUGACUAUGGCCAUGGAUCCUAUGGGGGUCAAAGAUCCAUGGAUUCCUACCUAAACCAGUCAUAUGGCAUGGACAAUCACAGUGGUGGUGGUGGGGGUAGCAGGUUUGGACCUUAUGAGUCUUACGACUCCAGGUCUUCUCUGGGUGGGCGAGAUCUGUACAGAUCUGGCUAUGGUUUUAAUGAACCCGAACAAAGCCGCUUCGGAGGUAGUUAUGGUGGUCGAUUUGAGAGCUCCUACCGGAAUAGCCUUGACUCUUUCGGAGGUAGAAACCAGGGCGGGUCUAGCUGGGAAGCACCUUACUCCCGUUCAAAAUUGAGGCCUGGGUUUAUGGAGGACAGAGGAAGAGAGAAUUACUCUUCCUACAGCAGUUUUUCUUCACCCCAUAUGAAGCCUGCACCUGUAGGCUCUCGGGGGAGAGGAACGCCUGCUUAUCCUGAAAGUACGUUUGGAAGCAGAAACUAUGAUGCUUUUGGAGGACCAUCAACAGGCAGAGGCCGAGGCCGAGGACAUAUGGGUGAUUUUGGAAGCAUUCAUAGACCUGGAAUUGUUGUUGACUAUCAAAACAAACCCACCAAUGUGACAGUUGCUGCUGCAAGAGGAAUAAAGAGAAAAAUGAUGCAGCCAUUUAAUAAGCCCGGUGGAACCUUUAUCAAGAAACCUAAGCUAGCAAAACCUAUGGAGAAGAUGAGCCUCAGCAAAUCGCCUACAAAAACUGAUCCUAAAAGUGAAGAAGAAGAAAAGAGACGGAUUGAGGCUCGGCGAGAGAAACAAAGGCGCAGAAGAGAAAAAAACAGUGAGAAAUAUGGAGAUGGAUACAGAAUGGCAUUCACAUGCUCAUUUUGCAAAUUUCGAACCUUUGAAGAAAAAGAUAUCGAACUGCAUCUGGAAAGUUCUUCACACCAAGAAACAUUAGAUCAUAUUCAGAAACAAACCAAAUUUGACAAAGUUGUUAUGGAGUUUUUGCAUGAAUGCAUGGUGAAUAAAUUUAAGAAAACAUCUAUUCGUAAACAACAGACAAAUAAUCAAACAGAGGUUGUCAAAAUAAUUGAAAAAGAUGUUAUGGAAGGUGUUACCGCAGAUGACCACAUGAUGAAAGUAGAGACUGUUCACUGCAGUGCUUGCAGUGUGUACAUUCCUGCUUUACACAGUUCAGUUCAGCAACACUUAAAAUCUCCUGAUCAUAUCAAAGGGAAACAGGCUUAUAAGGAACAAAUAAAAAGAGAGAGUGUCUUGACUGCCACAAGCAUUUUAAAUAAUCCAAUAGUGAAGGCACGAUACGAACGAUUUGUUAAGGGUGAGAAUCCUUUUGAAAUUCAAGAUCAUUCUCAGGAUCAGCAAAUAGAAGGAGAUGAAGAGGAUGAAGAAAAGAUUGAUGAACCCAUUGAAGAAGAGGAGGAUGAAGAGGAGGAAGAAGAAGCAGAAGAAGUGGGGGAAGCAGAGGAAGUGGAAGAAGUAGAGGAUGUGGGAGAAGUUGGAGGAAUAGAGGGAGAGGGGGAUGUAGAGGGAGGGGAGGAAAUAGGGACAGUGGGGGAAGAUGGGGCAGUAGGGGAAGUAGAGGGAGCUGCAGAAGCAGAUGAAGUGGAGGAAGAGGCAAAGGAAGAACCUGUUGACUUCCCUGUUGAGCAACCUGAAGAAAAUUAAAUAUAAGGUAGUAGAUUUAAAAGAAGCUUUAAAUUUUUGUCCUAAUGUGGAAAAGGGUAAGAAUUUUAAUAGCUUAAAAUAUGAAUUAACAUACAUGUUGCAUGCAUUCCACCCAUUAAAAUUUGUUUUAUAUAAUUUGUACAUGUUUGGUAUUUGUUUAAUAAAAUGAAGGUAAGACUAAUUUAGUUUUUAUAGCUAUCAAACUUAGAUCUGAUAAAUGUAUAAUUUUUAAGCUUAAUUUUUAUUACUUUAUUAUUGGUGUUAAGGAUAAUAGAUGUGUAUUAUUAGUAUAUCUAUUCUAAUCAUUUGAACUUAAAAGCUGCUCUUGAGUGAAUUUUCAAAUGUGCAUUGAUUUUUUUGAAUACUUACCCUAGAAGAGAUAAAUUGGGCAAGAAUUUUGUGCUCUGUGUAUUUUUUUACUGUAUUGGACAUUGACUAGUAAUUUGCGUUAAGAUAGCUUAAAAGCUUUUUGUGUACAUGUUUCCCUUUGUAGUAAUAAAAUGUUUUUUUUUUUUUUUUUUUUUUUUUUUUUUUUUACAAAAUCUUUAUCCUUGGAUUAGCAAUUUAAAUGAAUUGGUUUAUCAUUGAAAUUAGUAUCUAAAAAUCAGUAUUUGCUCUAAUGUAUGAGUUUAGCUUGCAAGGAUUUCAAGAUGAUUGAGAAGACUUGAAUUAAAGAAAAAUAUUUCUCAGUCAUAUUUUUAAAAAGUGUGACUAAAAUAUAUUUUUAAGCAUAUUUCAAAGAGAGGUCAGUGUGUGACUGACUUUGUUUAUACUUGUUUUAGUUUUUUCCUUUUGUUUCUGCCUGUGUCAAAUUUUGAAAUCUUCUUGAAGAUACAUUUGAAUGCAAGUUAAGUGUGCCAGUUUUAGUUUUUUUUUAAAAACUUUAUUUAUUUUUUUAUGUGGUGCUGAGGAUCGAACCCAGUGCCUCAACCGUUCUAGGCAAGUGCUCCACCACUGAGCUACAGCCCCAGCCCCAGUUUUAGUUCUUUUAUCGUGGCUGUUUUUGCCUAAAGAACCAAGAAGCAAACUAUUUUUUUUUUAAUUCUUUCUCUUUCAUAUAUUCUCUUUUUAACUUAUGUUUUGUAUACCUAUAUAUUCUACAAGAGAACAUAAAACUGGUAGAUAUCUACUCUUCAGUCAUUUAUUUUCAAAUGACAGUGUGUAUGUCUCACUGAAAAUCAGUGCUCUUACAAAUCUUAUAUGAAUCUUUUGUGAACAUGAAUUGAAAGAGCAGCAUCUUUAAAUCUUUAUUCUGGGUUCAAUUUUAGUGAAAUUAGCUUUUCAAAAAUUUGAGGCAAUUGUAUAAAUGUACCAUGUAUUAGAUAAUAAGGCAUUAAGUAGAUGAAUGUAUGGGCAUUUGUAGAAUUUCACAGAUAAUAUCUCUUUGUAUAAAACAAGGCUUUUAAAACUAGA